CUCCUGGAGGACGCUCUCCCGGCAAAGAUGGAAGAAAAACGACGCAAGUACUCGAUCAGCAGUGAUAACUCAGACACCACUGACAGUCAUACCACAUCGGCCUCCAGAUGCUCCAAAAUUCCGAAUACCAAAUCCACCUGGUCACGGCAGAAGGAGAAGAAGCCCUCUGAGGUUUUCCGUACGGAUCUGAUAACGGCCAUGAAGAUCCCCGACUCCUUCCAGCUGAGCCCCGACGAGUACUACGUCCUGGCCGAUCCCUGGAGGCAGGAGUGGGAGAAGGGCGUCCAGGUGCCGGCAAGCGCCGAGGCCAUCCCCGAGCCCGUGGUCAGGAUCAUACCCCAGCUGGAGAACUCGCCUUCACAGGUUUCACCUAGUAGCCUGCCUGGCUCUGAGAUUUCGGAAGCUACGAGGACUUACUUGCAAGGAGUGAGCCGCUAUGACCUGGACGAGCUCGAUGCUUGCUGGUUGGAACUUGUUAAUAUGGAGCUCAAGGAGAUGGAAAAGCCCGAGCUGGACGAGAUCACCCUGGAGCGAGUGCUGGAGGAGCUGGAGACCAUGUGCUACGAGAAUAUGAACAUCGCCAUCGAAACGGAGGAGGGCUUGGGCAUCGAGUACGACGAGGACGUGGUGUGCGACGUCUGCCGCUCGCCGGAGGGGGAGGACGGCAACGAGAUGGUGUUCUGCGACAAGUGCAACGUCUGCGUGCACCAGGCGUGCUACGGCAUCCUGAAGGUCCCCAUCGGGAGCUGGCUGUGCCGGACCUGCGCCCUCGGGGUUCAGCCAAAGUGUCUACUGUGCCCGAAGAGAGGGGGAGCGCUGAAGCCCACCCGGAGCGGGACGAAAUGGGUCCACGUUAGCUGUGCCUUAUGGAUACCUGAAGUUAGCAUUGGAUGUCCUGAAAAAAUGGAACCCAUUACGAAGAUCUCACAUAUCCCAGCAAGCAGAUGGGCUUUGUCCUGCAGCCUCUGCAAGGAGUGCACUGGGACAUGUAUUCAGUGCUCCAUGCCCGCCUGCGUCACCGCGUUCCACGUCACCUGCGCCUUCGACCACAACCUCGACAUGCGGACUAUUCUAGCAGACAACGACGAAGUGAAGUUCAAGUCCUUCUGCCUUGAGCACAGCACCGGUGCCACCAAGUUGCCCGAGGAGGCACGGACAGAGCCCGACCAAGCCCAGCUGGACUUGGAGAAGGUCACGCUGCGAAAGCAGAAGCUCCAGCAGCUGGAGGAGGACUUCUAUGAACUCGUGAAGCCUUCGGAGGUGGCGGAGAACCUUGACUUAAGCGAAUCGCUGGUGGAUUUUGUCUACCAGUACUGGAAGCUGAAGAGGAAAGCAAAUUCCAACAAACCACUGCUGACACCAAAAACAGAUGAAGUGGACAACUUGGCCCAGCAAGAACAGGAUGUUCUCUACCGGCGCUUAAAGCUCUUCAUGCACCUCAGGCAAGACCUGGAGAGGGUUAGAAAUCUCUGUUACAUGGUGACGAGACGCGAGAAAAUGAAACACACCAUUUGUAAACUCCAGGAGCAGAUCUUCCAUCUCCAGAUGAAGCUUAUUGAGAAAGAUCUUUACCCAGAACAAACUGGGAAGAAGACAAAGGGUAAGAAAAGUGACCCGAGAAGGAAAGGAAGAGAUGGUAGAAAAAAUAGUCCCGAGAAGAAAGAGAAAAGGAAAUCAGUCAACGAAACUGUAUUGGGACAACUGGGCUUGUCAACCUCCUUCCCCAUCGAUGGGACCUUCUUCAACAGCUGGUUGGCGCAGUCAGUCCAGAUCACCGCCGAGAACAUGGCCAUGAGCGAGUGGUCCCUCAACAACGCCCACCACGAGGACAGCACCCCCGGCCUCUCCGAGGAGCUCCUCCAGGACGAGGAGACCUUGCUGAGCUUCAUGAUGGACCAUUCCCUCAGGUCCCCGUUCAAGCAGAGCGAGGCCGCAAAGAAGGUGAAAAGCAAAACGAGAACGAACACUAAGAAAAAGCUGUCCAGGAGCAGCCCCCCCGCUGUGGGUGGGAGCCACCCGGAGAGCUCGGAGCCCUGGACUAACAACGCCAGCGACUUGUCGGAUGACGCCGCCAAGCCCUUCGCUCCCGAUUCCAGACCGAGCAAGUCGGAGAAAGGGGCGGCGAAGCUUCCCGCCGACCGCAAAGGGACGGGCGAGGCUAAAAAGGCGGCCAAGAAGGGCUCAAUCCCGAAAGCCGGUGAGCCUCACCCCCCGGCCGGGGCGAAGGGCUGCGUCAGCAAGGAGGAGGAGGAGGAGACGCUGCGCUGCGCUCAGCCGGAGCCCAGCCCCGCGGCCAAAGUGCCUGACUCCGUAGGUAGCCCCAAAACCGUCGUGCGGUUCAAAUUACCAAAGGAGAGCCGAGGGACUCGGAGGUCGCAGCCCCCCAAGCCCGAUGGCACCGGCGGAGCUCCCUUGCGUCACUUCGACGCCGAGGCGGACGGCUACUUCUCCGACGCAGAGAUGAGCGACUCGGACGGGGAGUCCCGCGGCGGCAGGGCGCAGCGGGGCCAGCUGGAUGCGGCCGGCGAGGACAUCGUCAGGAUGAGCAUCCUGGCAUCCUAACUCCUCCCGACCGCGCCGGCUCGACGAGGCCUCAACCCAGUCACAACUGCCAUGUCCAAUUUCUGCCUGGUAUCGCAGCAGGGGGGAUUUUUAAUAUGUGUAUAUAGUUGGAAAUUCGGCACUGUUGUCUUUCUCUUCUCUAUACGCCUGAGAUACAGCUUCAGCUUCACCGACAUCGAUGACCGUGACAGCAGUGGUCCCUCCCCAGCUCCCCGCCAGACCCCACUUCCCGGGAACGCGAGCCGGCACCCAGCGGGACCGAUGCCGAGGGUGCCGAGAGGGCGAAGGGUGCCAGUACCCAUGCUUUCUGCAGGGAUGACAGUUUAAUUAAUGGGCAUUACUUAACGAGGGGCAGAUUUCUGCCCGGGACGGUUGCCCCGGAGCAGGGAGUGAGCGGAGGGUAUGGUAGCGGUCAGCUGCGGGAGGGGAAAUACCUGCCUGCGUGCGCCUAGGCGAGGAGGCAAAAUAAGCGAUACUAAAAUAAAUAAUGACUAAAGCACAAAAAGCUUGUUGGAGGAAAGCUCUUGGGGUGGAAGAGAGCAAUGUUACGUUUAUAUUUUUAGGAAAAAAAACAAAAACCUCGGUCAUUAUUCUUCCCCUCGCCUUUCCAUCCGGUCGGGAUGCGUCCAGGGGCCGGGAUGCACAAUUUCUCCCCGUCCCUGCCCCGUUGAGGACAUUAGAAAAACUGAAGUGAUUUACUCAGGUGAAUUGAUCAGCUGUUAGCAAGCUGGAAAAAUGGAAAGGUGGGGCAGGAUGGAGGAGAAAAGCAUCCUUUAAAAACACCGUGGGGAGUCGGGGUUGGUUUAACCCGGGGGGUUGAGCGAAGUUUUUCUGCCCGUGCUUCUCUCCGAUGGCUGCCGUGGUCCUACCGUGCCGGCGCAGCACGUUUGAAAUCCCCUUUGCCAACGAAACGCUUGGCCCCGAGGUCAAACGUCCCGUCACCGAGGGGAAAUGGAAACGCUUGCCUUCACCAUUUUGUUUUCCUACUAAACGCUACAAUGGAAAUGGUGAAUUUAUUCCUCCCCAUCCUUUUUUUUUUUUUUUUAUUCCUUAAAUCCUGGUUACAAGCUGUUGACUCAUUGUGGGAGGGUGAUUCACAGAAGCUGACAUUAUAAGUAUUACAAUAAUUUAAUGCAUAAAAUGUCCCCAAUAAGCCUUAAAUGUUGUUUAAAAGCCCAUGUUACCUACAAGUCAGGCGAAUUUCCAUGUUUGCACUUAAUUGCACCAUUACUUCGGUUUUGGCUUCAAAGGUCACAGUUAAGUCAUGCUACGUGUUUUAUUGGAGUGACCCCAGUGUGAGCUCAGGGAAC